GGUAGCGGAAGGUUUUUCUGUCCUCCCCUCCCCCAUAGCUCUUCAUGAUGGCCGACGUGGGGUUGUUGAUGCAGGAUGGCUUGUUACACCCGAGCCAGGCGCAAGCGGAUGGAGCUGGCGAUCAGCCUAAACCCAACAGCGACACCUCCAACCAGGCUCGGAUGGCGCAUCAGCAGGCAUUACGAUUUCGUGGCCCUGCUCCUCCAACAAACGCAAUGCUGCGGGGUCCACCACCUCUUCAUGUGCGUCCACCUCCUCCACCAUUUGCCAUGAUGAGAGGACCACCACCGCGUCCUCCUUUUGGGCGACCACCAUUUGAUCCCAGUAUGCCACCAAUUCCACCGCCCCCAGGAGGAAUGCCACCACCCAUGGCUCCACCACAUAUGCAGCGACCACCUUUCAUACCUCCUCCUAUGGCCAGCAUGCCCCCACCACCAGGAAUGAUAUUUCCACCGGGGAUGCCUCCAGUUUCUGCACCAACGGCUCCUGGGUUGCCAAAUAAUGAAGAGAUUUGGGUAGAAAACAAAACACCAGAAGGAAAGGUAUACUAUUACAAUGCUCGGACACGGGAGUCUGCCUGGUCAAAGCCAGAGGGUGUAAAGAUAAUUCAACAAUCAGAACUGACACCAGUCCUGGCUUCGCAAGUGAUCACUACAACAUCAACACCUAUUGGUAGUACGGCAGCCCCAUCUGUUUCAACACCCACUUCAUCUGUUCAGUCUACAGCGCCAGUCUCUUCCAGCACACCAGCUUCAGUUGUAACGGUCUCAGCAGCAGGUCCAGAUCAUAUGCGAUUAAGCACACCAACUUAUUCAGCAUUAAAAGGGUUUGGAAAAAGUAUGAGGAGUGUGUCAAGUGACGGUGCCAGCUUUACUUUUCCACUGGUAUCUGCAGCUCCCGAUCAGCCUCCACCUGCUGCCUCAGUGGCUACCCCAACACCGCCAGUCUCUGUAGCAGUGACUACCAGUGCGACACAACCGUCUGUACCUCAGUCUAUGCAACAGGCCAUGCCACCGCCUGUACCGCAUUCAGUGCCUCAACCAGCCGCAGCAAUCCCAGCCUUUCCUCCAGUGAUGGUGCCGCCGUUCCGUGUGCCAUUGCCCGGCAUGCCAAUUCCACUGCCAGGUUUACAAGUACAGUCUACUCCACUUACCUGUGUAGCAAUGAUGCAAAUAGUCAGCUGCCCGUAUGUAAAGACAGUCACUACCGCCAAGAAUGGUAUGUUGCCAGGAAUGGCCCCACCUAUGGUGCCGAUGUUGCCUCCACAGGUUACAAUAGCUUCCUCUGCUGCCCUACCCGGCGGUAUACCAGGAUCUGAAUGGACAGAAUAUAAAACUGGUGAUGGAAAAACAUACUAUUAUAACAACAGGACCUUGGAAUCUACCUGGGAGAAACCGCAGGAACUCAAAGAGAAAGUGGAGAAAGAAGUGGAGAAGCCAAAAGAGCUGAGCAAAGAGCCAGCAGAACCUGAACCAAUGGAGAUGGAGGUGGAGGAGCCUAAAGAAGAACCUCCAAAAGAGAAAAAAGAGGAGCCAAAGGAGGAGAUAUUGACUGAAGAAGAAAAAGCUGCACAAAAAGCCAAACCUGUGGCUACCACCCCUGUUCCUGGUACACCAUGGUGUGUUGUGUGGACUGGCGAUGAGCGAGUAUUUUAUUAUAACCCAACAACCCGCUUGUCAAUGUGGGAUAGGCCAGAUGAACUGGUUGGAAGAGCUGACGUUGACAAAAUUAUCCAGGAACCUCCUCACAAAAAAUGUUCUGACAAUGAGAAGAAACUUGUGAGAGAUGAAUCUGAACCUCUGGAGGAUGAAUAUGAUGAUGAACCAAUUAAAGCAAAGAAGCGAAAGAAGGAUGACCUUAAAGAUCCAGAGUCUGAGAAGGAGGCAGCAAUGGAAGCUGAGAUCAAAGCAGCACGGGAGAGGGCCAUAGUUCCACUGGAGACUCGCAUGAAACAGUUCAGGGAUAUGCUGCUUGAGAGAGGGGUCUCAGCAUUUUCUACAUGGGAAAAGGAACUUCACAAGAUUGUUUUUGAUCCAAGAUAUCUCCUUCUUAAUCCCAAGGAGAGAAAACAGGUUUUUGACCAGUAUGUGAAAACAAGAGCUGAAGAAGAGCGAAAAGAAAAGAAAAACAAGCUGCAGCAAUCAAAGGAAGAUUUCAAAAAAUUACUGGAGGAUGCAAAGUUAACUCCCAGAUCCACGUUCAGUGACUUUGCUUCUAAAUUUGGCAAAGACUCCCGAUUUAAGGCCAUUGAGAAGAUGAAGGAUCGGGAAAGCAUAUUUAUCGAAUUUAUUACCAGCAUGAGGAAGCGUGAGAAAGAAGACUCGAAGAGUCGUACAGAGAAGAUAAAGGGCAACUUUUUUGACAUGCUAUCUGAGCACCAUUUGGACAGUCAGUUACGCUGGAGCAAAGUAAAGGAGAAAUUUGAGAGUGACUCACGGUACAAAGCUGUGGAUAGUUCUGGAUUGAGGGAGGAUUUCUUUAAACAGUACAUGGAGAAAUUGGCCAAGCACAUAGACUCUGAUAAAGAGAAGGAGCUGGAGCGCCAAGCACGAAUAGAAGCAAGUUUACGAGAACGGGAAAGAGAAGUUCUGAAAGCUCGCUCAGAGCAGACCAAGGAAAUUGACAGAGAGCGUGAGCAGCACAAGCGAGAAGAAGCUAUUCAGAAUUUCAAAGCCUUGUUGUCCGAUAUGGUCCGUUCUUCGGAUGUUACAUGGUCAGAUACCAGGAGAUCACUAAGGAAAGACCAUCGCUGGGAAUCUGCUUCAUUACUGGAAAGAGAAGAGAAAGAAAAAUUGUUCAGUGAACAUAUUGAGGCCCUUACAAAAAAAAAGAGAGAGCAUUUUAGGCAGCUUCUGGAUGAGACUUCAGCAAUCACUCUCACCUCUACAUGGAAGGAAGUGAAAAAAGUCAUCAAAGAGGAUCCUCGCUGUAUCAAAUUCUCGUCAAGUGAUAGGAAAAAACAGAGGGAAUUUGAAGAAUAUAUUCGGGAUAAAUACAUCACAGCCAAAGCAGACUUUAGAACAUUGUUGAAAGAGACCAAAUUUAUUACUUACAGAUCGAAGAAAUUAUUGCAUGAAUCAGAUCAGCAUUUGAAAGACAUCGAAAGGAUCCUUCAGAAUGACAAGCGUUACUUAGUGCUAGAGUGUGUGCCAGAGGAAAGACGCAAGCUUAUUAUGGCCUACAUCGAUGACCUCGAUCGGCGGGGCCCUCCCCCACCUCCUACUGCUUCAGAGCCAACCAGGCGAUCAGCGAAAUAACACCAAAAAAAAUCUCCUGAGCAUGAGUAGGCUCCCCAUCAACUGAGACUUGUGCAUGAGCCAUCUGCCAGACUUCACAACGUUUGUGCAGUAUUAAUGUGUCUGCUUUGUCCAGUUUUGUAUAUAGUAUGGACACAUUUGUACCAGCUUGUCAUCAUGUUGAAGUGGAAGCUUUGACUCAUCAUUCAGUUGUGUAAAAUAAGAACAUUUUUUAAAAGAAAAGUACAGCUGAUGUAUUACCUGCAGCAUGGUCGUUAGUCCAAACAAAUGACUGUACAACACAACUCUGUAAAAACUAGCAUUUAGUUACCAAUAAUUUUCAAAGUCAGUCACUGAUCUCAAAAGGGUUUUGUUUGUAACAUUUAAGCUUUUACUUGUGUUUAAAUGUAAGUUUCCAAAGUGACUUUAUUAACUAAAGUGUUGGAAAUGUUGCCUAGUUGAAAUGUUUACUGCAAUAAACCAUCUUUUUUCUAA